AAUUACAAUGUAAUUAUUAUCAUUAUCAUCAAUUAACUCGAUCCAGUAUUAAUUCUCCAAUCGACUGUAAGCUUAUGUAAAUAAAAAUUUAAAAAAUUUCAAUAAUCGUACGUUACUUUGUUGAUGACGUUCGCAAUCAUUUGAUUUCAUUCAUCUAUAUAUACAUAUAUACACACACAAAAUAAUCCUCAGUAUUCAUCUAAAAAUAAAUUCAACAGUGGCGCGAUAAUCCAUUGUGUCUUGCGUUUCAUAUCGCGUAUCUUUCAAUUACAUGAGUAGUUAUUAAUUUUAAUUUCUUUCUUUUGUAUGACGAUUAUUAUUUUUAACCGUCGCACAGUUGAAACAAGAAAAUUAUUCAUUCAGUAAAUUAAAUACAGUUCAGAUAUCAGUUUAUACACAAGUGCGGUGUGUUUUAGUAAAACAAAGAGUGUUUUAUUUAUUUUAUACUUAUCAAUGUUAUUUUAUUUAUCAUAAAAUGCUGUGCGGACUUAAAAAAAGUUUGUGCAGAAAUGAUGCAGUAAGAGCUUUAAGUACUGGAGAAAUUUCAACAGCACUUCGGCCUUUUUAUUUUACUGUUCAUCCAGAUUUAUUUGGUCAAUUUCCUACUCAAAGAACUGUCAAUGAAAAUUCAUUGAAACAAUUGAGUUUAUUGUUGGAAUCUCUUCAGCAACAGAGACCAAUAAAACCUACAACGCUACCAUUUUACUUGAGAUCCAAAGAUGAAAAAGAAGUCAAAGCUGGUAAAUUUACUCUGGUUAAAAUCCAACUAAACGAACUCGAUGUUAAGAAAACAAUAUUAUCUAUUUUGAAAACAUGUAAUUUGUCAACGACGUUUGUAGACAAGAUAAAAGACCCGGUUAAAGAUAAUAAAUUUAAAUACCGGUACGAUCCACGGGUCGAGAGGGAUGGGGUUAAUUUUUCAGAUUUAGAAGAUGAUCCAUUUUUUAUGUCGAUAUUUAUGAGACGGAAAAUAAAUGCGGAGCCUGACACUUUUAAGGCAUACGUGGACAAACAUGUGAACGAAGCCCACAUUAAAUUGGAAGCAUGUCGACCUGUCAGAGAAGAAGUCAAAAAAUUAGAAAAAAUACUGUGCCAAGAUUUAGGUCUCAAAGAUAUCACUUGGGAUUGCGGGUGGAAUAUUGCACACUAUCGUGGAUGUUUGCUGGCAUUUCAAGCUUUAGCUCGACAUCAUCCGGAGCAAAUGGAUGUUUUGAAAAAUCGAACGCUGGUUUUUGCCAAUGGGACGGGGAUCAGUUUGGAAGGAAGUGUUAUGUUGAAUUCUGGAGAAGUCCGACAUAAUUGGCUCGAUUUAAUAAAAAAUGUUAAAAAAUAUGAUCCAAUAUUACUGCGACUUCCAGCAUUUGAGAAGGCAGUCUCACGUGUUCUGCUGGACAUUAAAAUCGGCCGACGAGUGCUCUAUAUGUGCAGGAAGUUCAUGCCGAAAGUGAUGGUCGCCCAGUACGAAUCUCAGCUGAGACAAUUGACGACAACACUAUCAGACUAUCGCGGUAGAUCCAAGUACCCGAGCUCGUGGCCUCCUAGUUUGUCUUCCCACGAAAUAGUAAUCGAAGCAGAGGCAGGACCUCUCAUGUUGUCACCAACUGGGCAGUUUAUUGUGCCAUCAUCGUGUCCUGGAUUUCUUCUUGUUAAUUUUAUAACUGAUAAUUUAGAUGAAGCUACAAAGAGACUAAAUCAUUACAAUAAAAUAAAACAUGUAGAACGUGAACUGCAUGAUAGAACGAUUAAAGAACUAGGGUUAUUAGCUUUAAACAAAGACGACAGCAUUACUCCUGAUCUGAUGGUCAAGUGCUGCGAGAAUCUACUCAAGCAUAAGUCAACUUUAGGGCCUAUUUUAGAAGGAGUAAUGCUCUGGAUAACACAUUACUACUCAGUAAUGAGUGAUGGUGUUCUCUGCAUUCCUUGGGAUUGGAAAUUAUAGAUUAAUUACUCUAAUAAUUAGACGAACUAAAAAUCAAGAACUCGAUUUUUACUCUUCAAUUAUCUGUUCAAAAUUUUUUAUUCUAAAUUAUUUAUUUUUCUGUCGUAAUUUUUUUUAUUUUUUCACGAGAUAAGUUAUCAUUUUAUCUCAUAAAAAAUUAAUAUUUAUAUUAAAUAUUUUAUUUUUUAAAUCUAGAAUAAAU